UGUGUGUGUCUCAGAGUGAGGCGGCAAGCGGACAAGUACGGAACGAGAGAGAGAGACAGACAGAGACAGAAUGAGAAGAACAGCGUCGCGGUAGGUGAUGCGAAGCAGGACUGGGGAUUCUUCCAGACCGCCAGGACCAAAGGAAACACUUCAACAUAAAAAAAAGCAGAAGUGAGAUAAUACUUGGAUCUUUUCUCACCAGAAUUGUUUUUUGUUUUUAAUUCCUUUUUUGUGAGCACUUAUAAAAUGUGUGAAGCAACGAACUGAGAGACACUUCUUGCCUUCACAAUUUGUAAAAAGAAAAGAAGCAAAGAAUGACAGAGGACGACGCUGCAAAGGGCAGAAAAAGGCACAACUCUAACAAAGGACUCCGCCGGGUUUCAGUUUAAGCUGUGUCUCGUAGAGCUGCACGAGAAGAAGUGAAGAACAUGCUGAACGUAACGUCAAAAGCUCUCGCGCUCAAGGCACUGACCACUCGGUCGGAAGUAUCCUCUCUUGACGGAUUACCCUGAGGAUCAAGCACAGGCAACUUGAGGCACAUACCAGACUUCUGUUUGGAGUAUUCGUCGUGUUCUUUGUUGUUGACUCUUAUUCAAAUGGGAACCGUGUCACUCCUGAGCUGAAUCUGCCCCCAGUCCAGCUUCCCUCAACGCCCGCCCCAAUGUGACAAUGCUGGCGAAGCCCCAGGAAAAAAGCCAAAGCAAUACUUCCCACAGCCCGGCCAUCCACGGCAGCAUGUCCCAGAGCGAUGCACCGAGUCCGGAACAAAACUGCAGCGCUUCGGUCUUUAAAUUAGAGGAACUCCACUGGGCCUCGCUGCUCAUCAUCAUAGUCAUCAUCCCCACCAUCGGAGGCAACAUCCUGGUCAUCCUGGCCGUCUCGCUGGAGCGCAAGCUUCAGAACGCCACCAACUACUUCCUCAUGUCGCUUGCUGUGGCGGACCUGCUGGUGGGUCUGCUGGUGAUGCCCAUUGCGCUGGUGACCGUGCUCUUCAACGCAGAGUGGCCCCUGCCCGACUUCCUGUGCCCCAUCUGGCUCUUCCUGGACGUCUUGUUCUCCACAGCCUCCAUCAUGCACCUGUGUGCCAUCUCUCUUGACCGCUACAUAGCCAUCAAGAAACCUAUUCAGCACAGCCAGUACAAAUCCCGAGCCAAAGCGAUGGCCAAAAUUGCACUGGUCUGGUUGAUAUCUAUAGGUAUCGCCAUACCCAUACCCAUCAAAGGACUAAAAAGCUCUGAUCAUCCCAACAAUAUAACUUUCAGCUGCAACCACACCUGCUUGUUGACGCCAGAGAGCUUUGGAGAAUUUAAAGUAUUUGGCUCUCUGGCUGCCUUCUUCAUACCCCUCAUGAUAAUGAUGAUCAUCUACUUGCUGACAAUCCAAGUGCUGCGCAAGAAAGCCUAUCUCCUCAGGUCGAGGGUCUCUCAGCGCUUUAACAGACCCACCGUAUCUACAGUCUUCCAAAGAGAGCAGCCGGUUCCUUCUCCGCCGGAGAAACUCACCAUGCUGGAUGGAAUUAAAAGGGACCAAAUAUUGAACUCUGGGAACCCCACCACGGGUGAUGAGAUCCCGAUUCGGAGAAUGUCCACCAUAGGAAAGAGAUCCAUGCAAAACCUGAGCAACGAACAGCGGGCAUCAAAGGUCCUAGGGAUUGUAUUCAUGUUGUUUGUGGUCAUGUGGUGUCCGUUCUUCAUUACCAAUGUCACCUCGGUGCUCUGCCAGAGUUGUGACAUCGAGCUAGUGGAGAGGCUCCUGGACAUCUUUGUAUGGGUGGGUUACGUCUCAUCAGGAGUCAACCCUCUUGUCUACACGCUUUUCAACAAGACUUUCCGGGAGGCUUUUACACGCUACAUCAUGUGUAACUUCGGCAGUAAGAAAUCUCCCAAAAUACAAUGUAGGAACUUAAGCAGGAUCUCCUUCCAAUCUUCUAUGGCAGAGAAUUCCAAAAUGUUUAUGAAGAAUGGGAUGAAGAACGGCAUUAGCCCCGUAAGCUACCAGAGUCCCUUGCGGCGCCGGCCAACACAUUUACAGCCUUCUCCUAGCGUCAUGCUGGAUACCCUUCUUCUUACGGAGAACGAGGAUUGCAAACCUGAUGAGAGCGUCAGCUACGUAUAAACUUGGAAAAAGAUAUCAGUAG